CGAAACUAGUAUAUAUAUACGAUACAAUUGCGUAUAAAACCUACUUACAAUCAUCAAAAAAGUAUUAAUUCUGAUAACCAUGACCAAACCGAAAAUAAUAAAAAAUAAAUAUCUGACAGUGAAAAAGUAUCAUUUAAAAUUGAGCCAUGUGUUGAGUCGCGUCAGCCGCCCAAAACAACAAACUAAAAUGGAUUGCAAUAGGAAAAUAUAAGCCAUCCAACGCACAAUAAUGUAGCCUCCGGUCAUUUAGUCACCCCGCAUAACAAUAACUCUCUGAAUUGCUAGCUUCAUUACAAAACAGAAUGGGUAAGCCAAAAUUCGACCUGCCGACGCCAAACUUCCGAUACAAGAUAUCUAAGAGACUGAAUAUCCUGAGCGUUCCUAGGCAGUACAUUCUUGACACAGGAGAAGGCAUGCCAGCUUUGACGCCCAGGGGAAUAAGGAAGUCUGCACUGAAUGGACAGAUAACUGACAGGGUCAAUGACGCAGCUUGGCCUUAUAUACGCCGCUUCCUUCUAUUAAAACGCAUGUACAAAAAGCAAUUCAGCCUCGAACGCCUUGAACGAAUCGACCGUAUGAUAGAACUGGCCAACGCUACAUGCUACUCCAAACUGGCUAACUGUGUGCUGGACUUGAAGAAACAGGAUACCAAGGAGGUGAAGAAGAAGCGAGGGUGGUCCGAGAGCGAGUGGAAGAAGCACAUGGACUAUAUCAGUCAAAUUGCCGGCCCUAAGAAGACGUUCAAACCGGAGCCUGUCAAGAGAGGAGACAGGAAGCCAAUAGAAGCUCUGAUGCCGAGGAUCAACAAGAUGUGUUCCAUCCCGCAGUUCAAGGUGUACCGGCGGCCCUCGCAGGAGCCCUGGUUCAGAGACCCCGUCAAGGUUCCACCUGGAGCCCUGAAAUACGUGAUAAGCGACCGAGUGAAGAAGCUAGCCGCUCCGAGAGUUAUACCGCCCGGCGACUAACACCCCUAUUGCAAGAGUCGUACGGGCGGAAUUUCUGUCGCAGUUUUAGAAUUCUGUUUAAUUAUAGUAGGUAUUUGAAAGCCGUAAAUCUGAUCUUUACCGUUAUGAAACUAAUUUAAUUCCCGAAAAUACCUAAAUGUUAAGGUUUAAUAACAAUAACAAAAUAAAGUUAUCUAAUUGGAAUAUAAAGUCAGGUACCUUUUAUGCUUAUAAAGCUUAAACAUUUGUAUGCCAAUAGUAAAAAAAACACAUUUGAAGUCUGUUAGGUCUACAUUUUAAUGAUAUUUUUACCAGAAUAAUAUUUGCCUUGUAAUGCAUUCACUCGGAAUUGCCGCCGUGAAUAGCAGGCUUUAUAUUUGUAAG